GGGCGGAGCGCCCCGGGCGCCGGCCGGUGUCGGGCCCGGCGCUCCGCGGCCUCCCGGCAGCGGCGCGUCGGUGGCCCGGUCAGUAUCGGCCCUGCAGAGCCGCCGGCUGGACGCGCUGCACGUGCUCCCCGCCAGGACAGCCCUCCGCCGCCGAGAUCCACCUGCAGCAGACCGGUGACCCUUCGAGACUCCCCACUGGUUACCAACUUCCAGUCAACUCACCGCCCCUGUCAUGGCCGGCCGACGUCAGCAGGGCCGCAGCCGCGUGCGGCUGGAAGACCCGAUCCCCGAGAUGGAACAAGAGCAGCAGUCGCUUCUGUCGGAUGACGCCGGUCGCCCCCGACCCACCAUCGUGCCCGCAGGGGCCGUGGGUCGGAGUCCCCAGCGGCCGUCCGGAGCCCGCCAGCCGCCGCCACUGCAACGAUCCACGUCCACGCCGUACAGCCGCUAUGCCGCCUCCAACGACGCCCUCGAGGAGAUGGACAAAGUGUUCGGCGACACGGAGCGCGAGGUGUUCAAGACGCUGGUGAAGGCUGACGAGCCCGAGCCCAAGCUGCCCAAACGCUACUCCGAGGACGACUUCCAAGGCCACUUCAAGGAGAACCAGUUCGCUCGACCUCACGACGUCCUGAAACAUGGCAAGAAGAAGAAGAAGAGUCACGGCAGUGCCGCCGACGCCAAGGAUGGCGCCGCCGGUGAUACGGCCAUCUCCAUUCCGGAGGAGCAGCAGGCGGAGUCGGUCGGCGCCGAGGCGCCCACCGAGCCGCCGCCGGCGACCCCGUCCACCGACGAGCCGAGCACGCCGCCCGUCACCGACGAGGCGCCGUCUGCCGAGCCGGCGGCGCCCAAGUCGACCGGCCUCGCUGACGCUCCGGUGGUGGAUCAGAGAGCCGCCUACGUGCCCGACUCAGAUGAAACAGAUGUCACCAACAGGGUCAAGUUUGAAGUCGGCCCGGACGAGGACGUUGAGGAGGACUCCCGGCCGGGCUCGGCGCAGGGGAUGCGCGACCCGGAGGGCCAGCGUCACCGGCGUCAUCACCACCACCACCAUCACCACCGUCAGCACGUCAGCGAGCAGCCGGCCGGCGGCGCCGCCGGCGGAAAACCCGACAACGGACAGCUGCGCAUCGACGACAUCAACAGUCACCGGUACGAGAGCAAGGGCGGCCACCGGCGCCACAAGGUGACUCGCAAGAAAGACGACAAGACCAUCUCGAACGUGGUCCACCUGGGCGACGUCAACACCGGACAGACGAUGCUGCUCGGCAAAAAGACCUACGACCACACGCCUCAUGACAUGUUUGUCGAGAUGGACGAGCUGAUGGCCACCGAGAAGGACCUCGAGUGGCAGGAGACGGCACGCUGGAUCAAAUACGAGGAGGACGUGGAGCAGGGCGGCAACCGCUGGGGCCGCCCCCACCUGGCUGCGCUAUCCUUCCUCAGCCUGAUGAACCUCCGACGCUGCCUGGAGAGAGGCGCUCUGCUGCUGGACGUGGAGGAGCACGACUCUGUGGCCAUCAGCCACCGGAUCGCCACCCAGCUGGUCACAGAGGACCAGAUCCAGCAGCAGGACUUUGGCUCCGUGAUGCGCACUCUGCUGCUGCGCCGGCAGCACGUGGGCGACCACCAGGGCGGCCUCGGCCUGCGCAACCACUUCCAGUCGCGCAACCUCUCCAAACUCACCAUGCAGAGUCUGGCCGACAUGCGCAACAGCUCUCACCGCUCGCUCUCCGAGAUGGAGAAGAAGGACAACAGUCAGCCGUCCAUGGCGGGCAUGGCCGGAAACCUGUCCCGGCAGAACUCGGUGGGCGGUGAGAGUAUGACGGCCGAGCAGGAGCUGCACCGGUUCCUGGCGCAUCAGUCGAUCCUGCGCCGCAUGGCGCCCGGCACAGAGGUGUUCAGCGUGAACGUCGGACGCGUCGACUGGGCCACCAAACCGGUGGCUGCGUUUGUCCGGCUCGCCGAGGGAACGUUCCUGCCGGGAAUCACGGAGAUGCCGCUGCCUGUGCGUUUCAUCUUCUUCCUGGUGGGUCCGAACGACUCUGAGGAAGACCUGCACGAGACAGGACGCGCCUUCGCCACGCUCAUGUCCAGCCCGUCGUUCCACGAGGCGGCCUACAAGGCCGAGAGCCGCUCGGACCUGAUGUGGGCCUUCAAGGAGUUCCUGGACGACACGCUGGUGCUGCCACCUAUCGACUGGACGGCCAACCCGGACGUGUUGGAUGUCAGGGAGCUGCAGCAGCGCUCCCGCGACAUCCAGGACCGAAAGCGCGCCAAAAUGGACCUGGAGGAGCGCAUGUCUGAGCUGCCGGGCGCGGCGGCGGCCGGCGGCCUGCCCCGCCGCGGCAGCGCCAACCUGCAGAACGCCGACCAGGGCGACCCCAUAAUGCCGCCGGACGACCCGCUCAUCAGACAGGGCCGCCCGUUCGCCGGCUUCAUCAGAGACGUGAAGCGCAGGUACCCGUGGUACCUUUCCGACUUCAAGGACGGUGUGAACGGAGCUGUGCUCUCGUCUGCCUUCUUCAUCUUCUUCGCCGCGCUCGCCGGCGCCAUCACAUUCGGAGGACUCAUGAUGGACAAGACUAAGCUGGAGAUUGGUAUUUCGGAGACGAUCAUAUCGACGGCCAUCUCGGGUGUGGUCUUUGCCCUGUUCUCGUGCCAGCCGCUCAUCAUUGUCGGAACGACCGGACCCGUGCUGCUCUUCGAUGAGGCCCUCUAUCAGUUCGCCAACUCGAACGGCCUGGAGUUCCUGCCGAUGCGCGUCUGGAUCGCCAUCUGGAUGCUGCUCAUCAGUCUGAUCGUGGUGGCGCUCGAGGGCUCCGUGCUGGUACGCAAGUUCACCCGCUUCACCACCGAGAUCUUCUCGUCGCUCGUCUCCAUCCUCUUCAUCUUCGAGUCACUCUCCAAACUGGCCACGGUGUUCAACACUCACCCUCUGCUGGCCAACUACUGCGACGAGCCGCUGUUCCUGGGCUCACUGCACCUGAUCGCUGCUGAGCUCGGCCUGGAUUUCAGUAACGGCACGGAGAUGGCCGACAACUCGACCGUCACCGGGGCAGAGAACGCCACCGACGCCGCCAUGGGUAACGCCACCAGCGCCCCGACGGACGCGCCGCUGCUGGAGCCGCACUACCAGCCCAACACGGCGCUGCUCUCGCUGCUGCUCAUGUUCGGCACGUUCGCCAUCGCCAACUACCUGAGACACUUCCGCAACAGCAAGUUCUUGGGCCGCCGCGUGCGCCGCAUGUUGGGCGACUUCGGAGUGCCGAUCGCCAUCCUGCUGAUGGUCGGAGUCGACCUGCUGGUGCCCCAGGUGUACACUCAGCAUCUUCAGGUGCCGCCCGGCCUGACACCGUCCAACCCGGCUCUGCGCGACUGGUUCAUCUCGCCCCUCGGCCUGCACGAGCGCACCUCGUGGGUGGCCAUCGUGGGCGCUCUGCCGGCCGCCGGCCUCAUCUUCAUCGUCAUCUACAUGGAGACCAUGGUGUGCGAGCUCAUCAUGGCCAAACCGGAGCGCAACCUGCAGAAGGGCACCGGCUUCCACUUUGACAUUGUGCUGCUGUCGGCUCUGAACCUGAUGUGUUCCCUGAUCGGCGCCCCGUGGAUGUGCGCGGCCACCAUCCGUUCCGUGAGCCACGCGGCCGCGCUGACUGUGCUCUCCACCAACUACGCUCCCGGAGAGAAGCCGGCAGUGGUGGGCGUGCACGAGCAGCGGCUGUCGGCGCUGAUCGUCUCCGUCCUGCUCGGCCUGUCCGUGGUGCUGAGCUCUGUGCUGAAACAGAUCCCCGUGGCGGUGGUGUUCGGCGUGUUCAUGUACAUGGGAGUGAGCUCCAUGACCGGCGUGCAGAUGCUGGAGCGCGUGGUGCUCUUCCUGAAGCCGGUCAAACAUCACGACAAGGCCGGAUACGUCAAGCGGGUUCGCACGUGGCGUAUGCACCUGUUCACCGUGAUCCAGCUGAUCUGCCUGGGAUUCCUGCUGGGCAUCAAGUUCACGCCGGCCGCCAUCGGCUUCCCCUUCUUCCUGGCCAUGCUGAUUCCGCUGAGGCUGCUUGUGCUGCCGAAAAUCUUCACCGAGGCAGAGAUCAACGCGCUGGACGGUGACGGUGCCGAUGACGACGACGAAGAGGAUGCCGACUUCUACGAGGAGGCUCACACCAUGCCGUCUCACACGUCCACGGCCAACCUGUUCAUCAACAGCAGCCUCCAGCUGCUGAGAGUGCAUUCCAACCUCGUCGGCGCCAAGGUGUGACGUCAUGGACAGCCGUAGUGUGACGUCACGGACUCUGACGGAGGGGUGUGACGUGACUGGAUGACGUCAGGGGUGUAAUGAGGCUGGAUGGAUGGAUGAGUGCUGAGGCCGGUCGCUGCUUUCGGAAGUAUUCUGGUGCCUUUGGCGAGUGACUUCUUCCCUUGUAUGGUUGAGAUUCAUGACUUGUGUGAAUAAGAGAAGUGAGUUGGAACGUUUCCCGCUCUGUGUGACGCUCACAAAUGACGAGAUUGUAACAGGCGUCACGUUUUCCUGUGUAGUACAUGUGACGCGUGACUUUACGUCACGCUCGUCGCUCGUCUCUGGGACGGCCUCAGCCAUAGAGUGUCACCGAGCGGUGAUUGAAGCCCCGAUCACUGUGAGCUCACGUGCCAGCGGGAUGGCGCCUUGUGUCCGCGGCCCCGACACUCCUAUGAAGCCAGUGCUGCACUGCUGCACGCGCCUGUGUUCCCGAUGUUCCACCAUGAGCUGCUUGGGGCUGGAUGGGUCAACGAUAGAUUGCUGAGAGGAGGGGCUGGCCAGGGGGCUGACAUUGUCUGUAAAUAUGUCGUAAUGUGUACCUGGUGUAUGUAGAUAUGAACUGAACGAUCGUCCUAACUCCACUGAGAUGUAUGUAGCGCGCUGAGAGAAGUUCAUAGAUUAACCAGGUGUAGAGAGGUGUGACCGUGGUGGUCCAGGGACUCAUUGCAUGACCCGUAGCCGCAGCUCCCGAAUGGACCAGAUAUAGCUAUAUUACUGUAUGACAUCCCGUCUCGUUUAUAUCGGUAGGGUAGCAGUUUGUACGCCGUUUUAACCGCAUGUUCUACACAUCAUAUCCAGUUCACUGUACGCUGUGACCUCCCUCCAUGAGCCCCUCUGGGCACUUUUGUAUGUUUUUACUCGUGGCGUGGUACGUGCAGGACCCAAGUAUUGUGACAGGGCGCUGGUGUCAGUUUCUUGUCGGAAUUUGAUGUAUAUGUGUAAGUGGAACCGUAUUGCCACUUGACACACACCCGUAUAAAUAUAAUUCGAUCUUUUUGACAACUGUGGCAUCUAUAGGACCGACAGAUACCUAUUUUUGAAAUCCGUAUAUCGAACUUCGACUUUGCACGGUGUUGUCAGGAACGGCGUGUUCUACGCUAAGGCAUGUGAUCGAAAAUGCUCCACUAGUGUAGCGUGAAGUAAGUUCUCUCUGAUGUUCUCUCUGAUGUUCGUGCGUCGUAAGGCCCGUAGCUUGCGUUAAACUGCAAGCUAAUUUGACCACUUUGCAUUUGUACAUAUUUAUAGGUCAUCAAUAUACUUUAGAGUAUA